AUGUUGGUGCAAUACGGUACAGGCCCUGGUGAAUUAGUGGAUAUGGACAACCAUUCUGUUCACGAGGCUCCUUCCUCAGCUAGAGCGCCAUCGUUUGGAUCUGCUGAUCACUAUGAUUAUGGUGUUAAGCUUGAUGAAACUGAGAAGCCCUCAUCCUCAAUCAAGUAUCACAUGUUGGGUAUAGUUCAGUUGGUGUUGAAGAUGUAUUCCUUGGGAGUAGUGCUGCUGAUUGUCACUUUGUUUGAAUUGAAGCGCACCGUGGUGUCUGUUUUAAAUCAUUUGGCUUUAGUCAUUACAAGUCUACUAUCUACUUGUCUUUUCAUUCUUGUCUUAUUCCACCAAAUGAUUUUAUCACUAAGAGAAAAUAUCCACUAUUUAUUACAUCUUGAAGAUAGCUCUACAACUUCAUGUACCAAGUUCCCUUCAAGAGUCAAAUAUAGUGAGUUGCAUUCGUUGUUUUGGUCGUCUGAUAAAUCUCACAAGAUAAGAAUCAGCGAUGACUUUCAGUCCUUUGAAAUCAUUCCAACCAACAACAUCAAUCUAUCAUACGCAAAGAAAAGAUUGAAUUCAGAUUCCACCGUGGUGGCUGAUCCAUUAGCAGUGGAUGUAUGUAAUGAACCUCAAGGUAUCAACUUAAGUUUUAUAUCAUCUCCUGGAAUAAGUAAAGUCCAACAAUUCAAUAACAAGUAUAAGGAAAAAUUGAAAAAGAGACCCCACUGGUGGAAGGUUGGGACUUCCCCAAUAAGCAUUCCAGAAGGUCAUGCCUCAGAAGACAGAGAACAAUCACAAGAAUCUCUGGAUAACGACGAGGAGAUCCAUCAUGGUUCAGACCCUGGCAGUCCAUUGGAAGUUAUGAAAUCUAGUGACUUUGAAAAUCAAAAAUUUGUGCUGGCAUCUUCUCCUCUGGAUUUAAAUGAAACAGAGUACCAGUCACAUUCUCAGCAGCAACAAAGCCCAAUAAAGCUGUCACCUUCAAACUCCUCCAAAUUCCAUUCAAAGUUCAAGGUUGCAAUGGAAUCAAAUCGCCAAAAUGUUAUACAGAACUAUGCAAAGAGUUUGAAAACAUUCAAGAAUCAUCACAUCUCUACAAACUUACAUCACAGCUUACAGGAUUCCAACUAG